UUGCCGUCAAGACUUAAGAGUGUAGAGAUGUUCCGCCGUGAUCUCUCCCUCCAAGAACAAAAGCUGCAAGAGACAAGUGUUUGAUGGUACGAUUCGGUGCAGUGUUGUCACUCCCCCUCCCCUUUAUUGGAAUUGAAGCCACCUCCUCCUCCUCCUCACUUUGGUAUUGACACUUUUCUUGGGGGCGUUGCAACGGUACCAAUGCCUUGAGGAAUUGGAACUCUAGUUUUGGGCAUACCUGUGAUUACUUUCUGAGAUUGAUGUGUUUUUCGAAUAGUGAUGAGUGCCUUUUACGGCCAUGGGCUCCAAUCCAAUAAAUUGGGAGUGUGGUCCAGUGUGCGCCGAUCGGUUGUUUAGGGCACCCAAAAACACUCGCAGAAUCAGAUAGGAAACAAUGCGAUUGAAAUAAUCGCCGCCUUGUUUUGAUCUCCGAUCAGUUGAAGUUCGGCCAUGGCAUCGUUCAACAAAUGGAGGAGGUUCAUGGGUGUGGCAUUCAUCCUAGGGGCUCUAUCUUCGCUCGCCAUCCGCUCUGCCCAUGCCUCCCGAUGUGAUUAUGAGGCUUCGGAAUCCUCACUCGAUUGUCAGAUUCGUGUCCUACAAAACGUAGCACAAUUGGAAACAGAAGAUAUCUUCUUCGAACAAAAUGACAAGCGAGUCCAUCAUUUACGAGUGAAAUGCUCGGAUAUCUUCUUCUCGGAAAGCAUAGUGGGUCCUGAGAUGUUCAAAAGUGAAGUGACCCGAAGUCUGGUAUCGCUGGACAUUGAAUACUGCAAGAUCAAGGAGCUUCCCAACAAUCUGUUUGCCCAUCUCCAAGAUCUGAAAAGCCUCUCUAUCCAUAGCCACAAUGAAGAAUGGGCUUCGACCAUCAUGGAGGUGGAUCCACAUGCUUUGCAUACCUUGUCUGAGCUUGAGGAAGUGAAUCUGUCGUUCAACAAUAUCUGGACAUUGCCCAAUGGAAUGCUUUGCGACCUGCCCAAACUGAAGACGGUCAAUUUUUCUCAUAAUCAUUUGGUCGAGGUCUCGGAUCUUGGUUUGUCACCAGUUCACUCAUGUGAUACGGGAUUGACCAUCUUGGAUCUCACUUCCAAUGCCAUAGCCUCAUUAAGGGACAGUGAUUUGAAACUGGCCUCCCAAUUGGUGGUCUUAAAUCUGAGCAAGAAUCGUAUUACCAUCUUGGGGGACAAUGUCUUGGCCACCUUGUCCCAUUUGGAGGAGCUCAACCUGGCCGACAACCAAUUGGCUGCUCUACCUCCGACCCUGUUCAAUGAGAGCGAGUCGCUUCAGAAGAUUUGGUUACAAAACAACUCUUUAUCGUUGCUACCGGCUGGUGUCUUUGAGGGUCUAAGUAACCUGAUUGUGCUCAACUUAUCUCGGAACGCUAUCGCCAAUCAUCUCCUUGUCGAGGGCACUUUCUCGGGUCUGAGGAAUCUUCGAGUGCUUGACCUCUCUUGGAAUCAAAUCACUCAAAUCGACAGUCGGACUUUUCAUUCACACCUCCCCAACCUGGAGAGUCUCCUAGUCCACCAUAAUCAGAUCCAUUCCGUGGAUGGUUCCACGUUUGGGCAUCAGGCCCUUUUGAGAGUGUUGGUGCUCUCCCACAAUAAGAUCGAGAGUCUCGCUCCCGAUGCCUUUCGAGGACUAGACGGGAAUCUGACUUCUCUCUCAUUGGAUCACAACGAGCUUGUAAAAGUGCCUGAUAACAUCUUCAGUCUGACGCCUGACCUGGAGGAUCUAUCUUUAGACAAUAACCAUCUCGUGGAAGUGCCCUCGUCCAUCGGUCAUCUCCAGAAAUUGAAGACGCUCGACUUGGGCGAGAAUGCCAUUUUAGAGCUGAGAGAUAGUGACUUCAACGGCUUGGAGAGCUUGUACGGCCUCCGUCUGGCGGGAAAUCGUCUCACGAACAUCUCUCGCCAUUUUCUUGCCAAUGCAUCCCAAUUACAUGUGCUCAACCUCGCCCGCAAUCAUCUGGUUCAAAUUGAACGCAAGGCCUUCGAUCACCUUCAAGAGCUUCGGGCACUUCGGCUAGAUAAUAACCGAUUGACAGAUAUCAAUGGGGUCCUAUCAUCUCUUGCCCACCUCCAAUGGUUCAAUUUGUCCUCCAACCAAUUGGCGUGGUUCGACUUCGCUUUCAUCCCGAUGAGCUUGGAGAUGUUGGAUUUGCACGACAAUCGGAUCGAAGAACUUGGCAACUACUACAAGCUCAAGAGUGGCUUCAGCCUCAAGACCUUGGAUGCCAGUGCUAAUAAGAUUAAAAGCCUGAACAAGCUGUCACUGCCCUCCAGCCUCGAGAGCAUUGUUCUGAACGACAAUUUGAUUGAGACCAUCCCCCUUCGACUCUUCGAAGACAAGCCAAAUUUGGCAAGAGUUGAUCUCGCAUCCAAUUUGAUCAGCCAUCUCGCCUUGGAUUCGUUGUUUAUCAGCAAAGUGCCCAUCAAAGCACGUCCCAAAUUCCUUUUGAGUGGCAAUCCAUUCAGUUGUGAUUGUGAAAUGGAAUGGCUUCAACAAAUCAACGAUAUCUCCUUAAACGGAAAUCACCCCCAAGUCACGGAUUUGGAGACCAUCACUUGCCAGCUUCCCAAUCAGAGCCAGAACGCGUCCAUGGCAGCCAUUCCCAUUUCCGAAUUGGCCCAAGACGAGUUUCUUUGCCAAUACAAGACUCAUUGCUUCCCCUUGUGCAUGUGUUGUGACUUCUUCGCCUGUGACUGUCGGAUGCAAUGCCCAGAAGGAUGCACAUGUUUUCACGAUUCGGAUUGGUCCGUGAAUCGCAUUCAGUGCUCACAUCGAAAUCAUAGCGAUGUCCCUUUGCUCAUUCCGAUGGACGCCACCCAUAUUCAUUUGGAUGGGAACGAGAUGGGCGAUGUGGAUACGCAGAGCUUCAUUGGUAGGAGACGGGUAACCACGCUAUUCAUGAACUCCUCCAAGAUCACGUCCAUCUCGCAGGAGACCUUCGGCGGUCUUGCCAGUCUGGAGAUUCUUCAUCUCGAGGACAACCAGCUGAAGGAGCUCAUUGGACACGAAUUCGAGUCGCUCUCGGGUCUAAGGGAGCUCUAUUUACAGAAUAACGACCUGAUACAUAUCCGAGAGUCGGUGUUUGGAUUUCUGACUUCCUUAACCACACUGAGACUGGAUGGCAAUCUGCUAACAAGUUUCCCAGUGUGGGAUCUGAUGGGCACUCAUCGUCAUCCAUUCUUAAUGAGCUUGUCUUUGGGUGAGAAUAUGUGGUCUUGUGAAUGUGAAUUCCUCACACCGUUCGUCACAUUCUUGCGCACCUUCACCGAGAGCAUUCCAGACGUUGAUACUAUCAAUUGUGUCACCAAUGAGCUCACCGUCGAGUCGCUUCAUAACAAGAAGAACCAAUUGUCACUUUGUUCUACAUCUUCCGAAUCAUCCGGAUCCGGGGGUGAUCAGAAGACCAAGCAACAGCAAGCGCUACUGAAGCUCAACGAGGGCGACAACAGCGAUUUCCUGCCUAUUCUGAUCGGCACUAUUGUGGCUUUGGUAGUCAUCGUGGUCGCCUUCAUGUUGGUCUGCCUAUUCAGAGUCAAGAUCCAGACCUGGUUGUACAGCAAAACCUCCGAGAUCUAUGAUAGUCGGAGCGGAUCUUCAAUUCACUCGGGUGGGUCCUGCUAUGCUCAAAACAAGUUGUUUGACGUCUACAUCAGCUACUCGAUCAAGGAUGCAGAUUUUGUCGACCAAAGUCUGGCCCCAACUCUGGAGCAUGGAGCCACAUCCUACAAGCUUUGCCUUCAUCAGCGAGAUUUUCCUCCCAGUGCCUCACUUUAUGACACGGUGUCUGUGGCCACAGAAUCGAGUUCACGGGUCGUACUUGUCUUGUCGCGAUCCUAUUUGGAGACCGAGUGGCCACAUGUCAAGAUCCCCUUGAGAAAUGCCCUCUUGAAAGAAAACAGCAAAUUAAUCAUCCUCUUGUUGCAAGAUCUAACCGAAGAUGACCUCCAGGCGCAUCAGGAGUUGAGACACUACCUUCAGACUUGCGCAUCGGUGAAAUGGGGUUCUCCCGGGUUCCUGAACAAGUUACGCUUCUUCCUGCCUGAGCCAGCAUUCCUCACUUUCCAUAGGAAUGUCACGCUAAGGACAUUGCAGCCUGCAUCCCCGGUUGCACCCAAUGGGGGUGUUGGUAAUGGGUCCAUGGGUCCUGGAGGCCCUGUCAAGUCAAAUUCCUUGGUCCAAGUUGACCAAGUGAGUGGAGUGUGGACAUACGCCAUAAAUAACUCACCAGUGGGUUCUGUGGCCACACAGAGCACGACAGCGGAUGGGUUUCCGGCCUCCAAGUAUCUAACAUCCAAUGGUCAGCAGAUGAUGGUUUCGGCCACCUCCCAAAGUGGAACUCCUAUCCGGAACGCCCCUUCGGUAGUGUCCUCGGUUUACUCUCAUCACACCUAUCAGAGUAUCCCUGAGAGUCACCACAUCUAUCACACUUUGGAGCCCAGCCUCUUACCUUUGGGCGUGGGGUUCAAUAAGGACGUGCGACACCAUCUUCAACAGCAAGUUCAGAAGAGGAAUAACAGUGGGCGUCACCGCCACCACCAUCCCGAGCAAGGAGUUGACCCGGUCAAUGCUGUCUACAUCAAUCGCAAUUUGGAUCUUGUGCUCAAGCCCUCUCCAACACCAACCGUGCCUUCCGGUAGUUUGGGAGAUCAGUCAUCCACCUCAGCCGUGUCCGAGGUCUCGAAUUCUCCCCAAACGACCACACCCUCAUCAAGUCCGAAUUCAUCCACUUCGUGCGCCUCAUCCGUGGCUUCUUCUGCCGAAGAGGAAUUGUGCCAUCAUGCCCAUACACAUUCCACCCUGAGUGGGCAGCAAUUACUUCCAUCCCAUACGUCUUCUUCCUUGGCCCAAAAUGAAGAUGAAUACAUUGUCUAAAAGGAAUUAGCAUAGGAAUCCAAACCAAAUCUCAAACAAUUCCUUGCCAUAUGGACGCGAGAGACUUCUUCACGCUCGGUCACACAUGGAACCAUUUCCUAUCCAACAUUUGCAAUGAUGGCUGUGAUGAAAUAAUUUAUUUCGCUUUCAAUUCGAUGCAGAGAAAAUAAAAGCUCAUUAGAAAAUCAUUUUCGGCUUCGGCUCCAUCAUUGUCUCUCAGUUGAGCCUUUCGUUGUUGUUCAGCACACGCAUCUAUUACUCCUGGACGUGGACGCGUUAGGCCAUGACUGGCUGUAUCAU